AUAGGAAUAGGGUAGCUCGGCAUCUUCUCUAGAACGAAAGAGAGGGAGGAUGAGAUGGCAUGGGACCGGGCCAGCCAGGAGGCCCGGGAGGAUCACCUGUGUGGAUGUCAGUGUACAUAUUAUCUUUGAAUUGGGGUUGUUAGCAUCUUUCUUUUGCCCCCGUUUCGCUUGCCGCUGAUGCUCUCUGAACUCUGGCUACUUGUGUAGCCUCGGCGUGAGCAUGGGACGCGAUCUUGCCCGAGCUCGACAAGGCAGCCGUGCCAUUCGGGAUGCGGGUUCAUGUUCUGGCGCGGAUCAUCUGAUGGCGGAUCCAUCUAGGAUCUAGUAGUUCGGCGGCGUCUCUGUCGGAGCGCCACAUGGAUUUGACGGGGUAACGAGGCCAUGCCGCCCUUUCGGCAGCCAGCUCCGGUUUUCUUUUGAAGUGGUUGUUCGUAGGCCAGGGCUUUGGCUUAGGCUUUGCCGAACCCGGAGCUAUCCUUAUCAAAAAAGAAAAGAAAAAGGGUGCUAUCGGCGAUCGGCACCAGAUGCGUCGUCCUCCCAGCGCUCUCGCAGGCGAAGUGAGCCGUCCCGUCACCGGACGCGUAGCAGGCCGUGUGUGUGGUAGCCUGAAACCUGCGCUGAUGUGAAGGCCGGAGUGACCGACGAGCGUAGCCACGUCCCACGUACGUGAUCAGAGUUCGGAGCAGCAGCCUGAUCCGGGUGCGCUUGUGUGCAAGUCACGAAACCCCCUGUAGCGACGACGCGUCGCCACAGCUGUUACUACAGUACCCCCGGUGUCAUGUGCGUGUCUACCUGUUCCGAGACGUCCACGGUCCACCCCACGCCGAAAGCGAACCGCGCUGCAUCGCUGGGCCGCCCAAAAGCACGAGCCGAGGGCCUGGGCCGUGACAACGCGUUCCAAUUGGAACUUCACCAUGUCGACCAUUCCAUUCCAUUUGCCUGCCGCGUUAUCCGAAACACCUGGCGCAGCACACGGCACACCUCACCCCGUCGAGAACCCGAAGCAGAGCGACGCCGCACCAAGGCGCACGCGCGCGGCAAUGGCAGCGCGCCUCGCCGUCCAGGCGCCGUCCCCGAGCCUGUCACGGGCCGAGAACACGUCCCCGGGCCCCAAGCCGCCGCCGAGCAACAGCGUCCGGCAGCCCCAGAAGCAGAAGCCAGCCACCACCAGCCGGAGGCUAGCGACGACAGCGGCGGCGGCGCUCGUGGCGUCCCGGCUGCUGGCGCCCGCGGCGAGCAGCGCCGCCGCCGGCGCGUUCGACCUGCGCAUCACGCUGCCGGAGCAGUCCAGCGAGGAGGCCGAGGCCGUGGUGCGGACCCACGCGCGGAACCUGCUGCGGGUGAAGCGGUUCGCCGACGCCGGGGAGUGGCGGGAGCUCCAGGCGGCGCUGCGCGCCAGCGCGUCCAACCUCAAGCAGGACCUGUACGCAAUCAUCCAGGCGAGGCCCGCGGGGCAGCGCCCCGACCUGCGCAGGCUCUACUCCGACCUCUUCAACAGCGUCACCAGCCUGGACUACGCGGCCAGAGACAAGGACGAGGUCCAGGUGCAGGAAUACUACAGCAAAAUCGUCUCUGCCAUCGACGAAAUUUUCUCCAAGAUCAUGUAGUUGCUCAUACGUUUAUCUAGGAUUGAUGGAGAAUGGAUUAUUGGAUUCUUUUUCCCUUAAAAAAAAAGAAAACUAGGAACUUGGAAUUACAUUCAUAUGCAGGGAGCAACAAAUGGCGACCGGCAAAAAGGCUUUCAUUCUUGCUAUGUAGCUAGGUCUUUUUGAAGGAACUAUGUAGCUACUAAUUCUUGUGAACUUCCUCUGCUACAUC